ANCAUCCUCCUCACCCAGUCCCAUUUCCGAAUGCUUUCUGGCCAGACCAGACCAGACCGACCACGGAAAGGCUUCCUUGCCUUGCCUUCUCCAGAACUUAGGGUUGCCAAUUCAACCUCAACCUCUGCUUACUUUCCAUUCCUCUUCCCAUCCUAAUUUCCCUUGAUCCUCUUCGAUCUUCAUGGAUAAACCCGACGACCCGCCUUUCGAUUUCCAUAAACCCCGUCUACAACCCCAUCACCGGGAUGCUCCGCUCUCAGACGUCUCCGUUUUGGGGAAUUCUGCUCAGGCUCCGGACCUGAUGGAUGUCGAUCAUUCCUGUUCUGUUCCGGAUACGGAUGAUUCGCAGCUGGUAGGAGCUCCGGUUCAGAUGGCUGGACCGGUCGUUCUUUCGAAAGCUGGUGCUGAUUCUUCACCUACGGUGAAUGGGGGAUUGAAGGAGAAGAGUUUGGGGAUUCGGCGGCGAGGUCGGCCGCCUCGGUGCCAAGUCAAGGCCCCGCCGCCUCCUCUGCAGCAAAACAAGGACGAGGAGGAUGUGUGUUUUAUUUGUUUUGAUGGUGGGACUCUUGUUCUCUGUGAUCGCCGAGGUUGUCCAAAGGCUUAUCAUCCAUCAUGCAUCAAGCGAGAUGAGUCCUUCUUUCGAUCGAAAGCUAAAUGGAACUGUGGAUGGCAUAUAUGCACUAAAUGUCAGAAGGCUUCCUAUUAUAUGUGCUACACAUGCCCGUUUUCUCUGUGCAAAGGAUGCACUAAAGGUGCUGAUUAUCAAUGUGUUAGGGGAAGCAAAGGGUUCUGUGGAACAUGUAUGAAAAUAAUAAUGUUAAUCGAGAAAAGCACUCCUGAAGCAGAAUCGGUCCAAGUGGAUUUUGAUGACAAAGGUAGCUGGGAGUAUCUUUUUAAAGUGUACUGGAUAUAUUUAAAAGAAAAACUCUCUUUAACUAUAGAUGAGCUCAUUCGAGCUAAGAAUCCAUGGAAAGGAAGUAUGGAUCAUAAGGUGGCUCCUAGUGAGCCUUAUGAUGGCAGUAUUAAUAAAAGCCAUGGAGCUCAUAAUUCAUAUAGAAGCCUAAAAUCGCAGAGGAAAAGGCCUAACAGGCAACAAAGCUCUGUGAAUAAUUUCAGUUACGGAGUUGACAGACCUAGUAGUAGUGAGGGGACACAAUUAUCUGCAACCACAAAAUGGGCAACUAAGGAGCUUAUGGACUUUGUUGCACAUAUGAGAAAUGGUGACACACCCAGGCUUUCACCAUUUGAUGUAGAAGCUUUACUGCUGGAGUAUGUGAAGAAAAAUAAUCUUUGGGAUCCUCAACAGCAAUGCCAAAUUAUUUGUGAUUGGAGGCUUAUCAAUCUAUUUGGGAAAUCUCGUAUCAGUACCUUUGAGAUGCUAAAUCUUCUUGAAUCUCACAUACACACAAAAGAAACUGCAGCUGAUAAUGUUAGCACAGGAUCUGGUGUAGUGAUCGAUCCAAUUGAAAGCAAAGAGAAGUGUGAUUAUGAUACAGUAGAUGAAUAUGAAAGAAAGCAUAAAACUAGCAAGAAGGCUGAUGAGAGUGGGCAGCCAUUAAAUGCAGAUGAAUAUGCAGCAAUUGAUGUUCAGAACAUUAACUUGAUCUACAUGCGACGUGAUUUGAUAGUGAGCCUAAUUGAUGAUGAUAAAAAAUUUAAUGAUAUGGUUGUAGGCUCAAUUGUGAGAAUACAGAUUCCAAAUAAUGAUGAAAAGCAUGAAUUUCACAGGCUUGUCCAAGUUGUAGGCAUAAGCAAAAUUUCUACACCAUACACAGUCGGUGAGAAAACAAUUGAUGUGAUGCUUGAUGUAUUGAACUUGGACAAAAUAGAGACUGUGUCCAUUGAUAGGAUUUCUAACCAAGAAUUUACUGAGGAAGAAUGUAGGCGUUUACGCCGGAGCAUAAAGUGUGGACUUGUAAAACGAUUCAGUAUUGGUGAAAUUCUGGACAAAGGACGGGAACUUCAUGCAUUGAAGAUUAAUGAUAUGCUCAAAAAAGAGAUCACUCAACUCGAUCACCUCCACGAUGAAGCUAGUAAGAAGGGCAAUAUGGAUGAAUUAAGAGAUUUUGUGGAGAGGUUACAUCGUCUCAAGUCACCUGAAGAACAUCAGCGUAGGCUUCUAAAAAUUCUUGAAGUACGUUCAGAUCCAACUAUGAAUCCAAGUUAUGAUGAGGUUGAAGAAGAUAAGGACAAAUCGAACAAGAAAAGACAAGGGAGCCUCAAGAGAUCUAGAAAUUGUGACCUUGAUGAAAGAGAGGGGGAGCUUACCUCACCACGAAGAGUAACCAAUUCAAAUGUUAGUGGAAGUGAUGUACAGAAAAAUUCAACUAGUACUUCAGAGCAAAGUAGGAAUAUUAGCUUACCAGCUAAUGUAAAUAAAGAAGGCAACUGCUUGGGCAGUGACAGGACUUUUGAAACAACAUGGGCAGGAAGAGGUCUUUUAUCACAUAAUUGGAAUGUAACUAACCAGGUUAAAACUUCCUCCCCUUUGACCUCUGAUGGGCAUUGCCAAGUGGUCUUACCUGAAGCCUCAGUUCCACCACUUUCUAUUGGGAUAGGAAGUGUUUCUAAUGAUGCAGAAGUGGAAAGGAUAUGGCAAUACCGGGAUCCGACUGGAAAAAUUCAGGGUCCAUUUUCUAUGACGCAUUUACGUCAUUGGAGUAAUAGUGGACACCUCACUCCUGAUCUUAGAGUAUGGAGGACAACUGAAUCGCAUAAGGACUCUGUACUGUUGACUAACGCAUUGAAUGGACGUUACAACAAAUCAUCUUCUACAUGGCACAUCGGUCUUCUGAGCUUAGGGAGAGGAAAUGGACCUACUUUGGGCGGUUCUGAUAAUCAUCAUAGUGGCCAAAGGAAUGGAGGUACAAAUUCUGAUAUGAAAUCUUUUCAGUUUGACAUGGGUUUUAUCAGGAAUAGUAACUCUGAGCGGAAAGAUCAUGUUACAGUAUGUGAUGCUGAAACUGAGCCCAUGAUGAGCACUGGUUCAAGUUCACCUUCUAAAGAUUUGUGUGCACCUGCAGAUACUGUCAACUCUAAUCAGUCUUCGGCUGGGAACCUUGAGGUAGCACACGACCCACUGAAGAACAAUAAUUCGUGGUCCUACCCUUCCCUUAUGAAUUUACUUUCAUCGGCUACAUUAUCCUUACAACCACCAGUGGCAGAAGUCCAUCAGGCCAAGGAAAAUCACAGUCCCAAUAGUGAGGAUCAGAAUUCACAGACAAUUACUUUGGGAGGAGUUCAUAGUCAGCCUAGUCGCAAGAAACAGUCUAGUAGUGAGGAUUGUUCUAGUCAAUCUUCUGGACAAAACUGGAUCACUCCACCUGCCGAUGCUUCCUCUCGUGAAUGGAACUCUAAUUGUAGUGGUCUAUCUUUGAUGAAUUCACUCAAGCCAUCAGAGAAAAUCCGAGAAGCUUUACCUGUUAUUCCAAAUUCCACCCUGAAACCAACGAGUGGAGAUGUUGAUAUUAAACAAUCUGUAUCUUCAAGUGUUCUUGUCCAGGAUUCUGGCCCUAGCUGGUGUAGUGCCUCAAGUUUUCUGGGUGGACGACAACUUCCUAGUCAUCUAGCAGGUGGAUGGGGUGGGUAUUCGGCUGCACCAGGUAGACCUAUUGAGGACUUGAACUCCAGUCUCAUAACUGCAUCUGGUCUGAAAUCAUCUGAUGUAAUGGAUGAUCAUGAUACAACCGUGGCUACGAUAAACUGGGAGGCAAUUGUUGAUGAGCCCAAUGACUUUAAUUCCUUGGUUGAUGAAUCUGUCUCAGAUUUGUUAGCAGAAGUCGAAGCCAUGGAAUGCUUGAGUGGUUUGGCUUCCACAGCAUCAAUGGUGAAUUGUAGCGAGGAAUUAACUCGGGGUUCUAGAAGUGAUUGUUUUUUCUCUGUGGAUGGAUUCAGUCCAGCCGCUGAGAUGAAGGUAGAUGCAUUAAGCUCCACAGCCAAUUUGCAGUUUCCAUUUCACAUUAGAGUGAAAGAUGAGCAACCUUGAACUGCAGAAACCAUGACGAUUCUUUUACUGGUACUCAAGUUGAGGGAUCAGAAUCCUUGUAAAAUAUCAACGUACCAAUCUGAAACUCUUUCUGACAAACAAAACCGACGGGAAUUUCCCCAUAACUUCGGCUAAUACAGGAAUACUGUGGGAAUAAGAUCAGCACUGCAAAAUGGCUUUAGAAAGGAUUACAAGUCAAAAAAGCACAACAGACAUUUCUGCAACCGAUCCUGGAGUGGCCAAAUGAGCUAUUGUUUUAACACAUCGUCUAGUUCGAGACAUCAAAAUUCAGUGUAGUUGUACAUCUCCCUGAACAGACAGCCACCAUUCAGAUGGUGUACUUUCCGACCGCCACCCAAAGGGCAGCGGAGUCUGUAGAUAUAUAUAUUACGGAGGAAAUAGUAAUAUGCAAUAGAGGAGCUCCGUGCUUUUGUUUUUGUUUUUGUUUUCCUUUUUUGCCUCUGUAGUUGAUAGUUCCAUUGCAAUACACUUCCACAUUUGGUUUUACAUUCAUUGUUGGAACCCGGAAAGUCUGCUUGUUAACAUUGUUGUAAUUUUAACUCGAAACCUGCCCAAUUAGAGGUCCUGUGGAAUAAUAUGCAUAUCAAUAAUACCUGAUUGUUUUAGAGACUUCA